AAAGCGUUCAGUUUUCCCGUGGUCGUCGGUCGUCUAGUAUCGUUUUGCGAAAAACCAAAAUCGAAACUAAUUUCCUCAAUCUAACACCUGGAAUUUUUUGUUCAACCGAUUGUAUUAGUCAUCAAUUAGUGAAGAAAAAGUGCGUAUUUCGUGGGUUUUUAUAGAAGAUCACGGAGAUAAAGUAUCUCAAACUAAGGCUCCAGUGAAGCCUUGCCAUGAGAGCCGCGAUUCGGGUCUCAUGCUUGAUUGGGAAUCCGAAAAUUAACCAAACCGUUGUGAUCCUGCUGCUGGUGGGGUUGCUUUCUGGCGCUGAAGGAUUUGCGAAAGUAUAUCGGAACAACGAAAUAUGUGGAGUGUACAACGGUCAUCGUGUUUAUCUCGAGCUGGGAGAUCGUGGGCUGUUGCAGGCCACCAAUGUGACUGUGUCCAAACAAACCAAUCAGACGGCGCCCUCCGUCUGCACCCUGGAGCUGGUAACCUGCCCAUCAUGUAACUUCAAAAUCUCAUUAAGCUACUCGAAUUUUCCCACAAAGUGCUCGCACCACAAUGAGAUGCCCUGCCGGUGCGAUUAUUUGGAAUUUUCCGAGCCCCCGUUCGAUCUGGAACAGUCUGGAAGGCGGAACUGCGGUCAGGAUGUGGUCUACCAAACGCAAACCCGCUCGGUGAUGAUAAGGUUUCUGCACUGGAACAAUCAUUCGCAUGCCUUCACCCUGGAAUAUGUGGCUGAAAGAAACCGAGAAACCUUGCAGGGAGAUCCCGGCGAGGUGCAAAAUCUCACGGGAGCGAACGUCAAAUCCAUCAUGACGCCAUACUUCCCAUCGUACUACCCGCGGGACUUCGGCAAGGAGUACUUGCUAAGCUGUAACGUGGAAUCCUGUCGUAUCAAUGUGAUUUUCAGUGACUUCCAGCUGGCAAAAACUUCAACCAUGGAAUUCUACGAUUGGAAUGGGCAACGAUUGAGCGCCGUAUCUGGAUCCAGUUUUAGACCUCCGGUAGUUCAGAGCAGUGGACCGUCUAUGAUUGUAAGAUUUUACGCGAACGGUGGGUCUGGGUUGGGUUAUCGAGCGAAGGUUGCCUUCCUAUCGAUGGAAGGUGCGGCAAAUCCUUCAAUGAUGCCGGAUACGGGUUGCGGGGGUAUGGUGGAAAAUAUUGGAGGUGCAAUCACGAUGAUGAAAAUGGUCCCCGGUGAAAAUGACAGUCGAAUAUACGACUGUAUUUGGUUGUUGAAGCCUCCCAAUACGUAUGCUCAUCUGAAGACUCAUCUUUCGCUGAAAAUUGAUACCUUUGGACAGAUGGGCGCGAAUUCGAUGCUAACAAUCAUUCAAGGGGUGACUUCUGAUAAUAGUAUUUUGGACAUCGUAAGACCGAACGGAGGAAAAUCGGUGAAAAACUACGUUGUGCCCCUAACUGCAGGAUUCUAUGUCCAUCUGAGAGCUACAUUUGGGAUGCAGUCCAAAAUGGCGUUGGUCUACACGGCUUACAGUUAUUUAGACUGCUUCAUGGGUUCGGAAUUUCUCUGCAAAAAUCGAAAAUGCAUCCCUACGCAGCUGCGCUGCGAUGGUUUCGAUCAUUGCGGAGACGGUAGUGACGAACCAGAAAGCUGUGAAGGACAAUGGGAAACCGAUCUAGUCGAUCGUCGAUGGUACUCUCAUACCCCAAACUAUUACUUCCCAAAAAUCGAUCGUUAUCCAGAUUUGCGUACCGCCACUAUUAUCUUCAUAGCAAGUUCAUUGGGGCUUAUAUCCCUUAUUUCGGCUCUGAUAAUACUACUGUAUCGAAGCGGAAAUCGGGCCCGGCAACAGAGGGAACUCCAAAGUCAACUUCAAACGAUAAGUGAACUUUUGGUUACUAUUACUCAAGCAGAUAACAACAGCACUCGUGGAGCUGAUGAGGUUGAUGAACCCCCGAUCUACGAGGCACCGCCAGACUAUGACGAAAUUAUCAAGGUUGGAAUGGACGAUGACAUUAAACCCAAACGUAGAAGACAUUCAUCUUCGGCUUCCGGUCGAAGAAGCCGAAUGCGCCGAUCCCGAAGACCUAGCAACACAUCUGAAAGCAACAACCCAAUUCUUGAGGUUCAACUUCCACCGGAACUUAACGAUGGCCCUUCUACCAGCAGCGGAAACAUGUUACAGGUUCCAUACCAGGAAAUAAACAACAACCAGCUUUCCGACCAGGAAGAGGACGACGGCCCAAAUGACACACCUUGGCCUCAGCCAGAUUCGAAUUUCUUCCUCGGAACCAGUACCUUGGAAACUCCAGCGACGAUUGCGGCGAACCCGGCCAUCAUCGUUGGCGUACACCACCAGACGGCAGCAGCAGCAGCAACAGCGGCGGUCCCGAAAAUCUCGUCUGCUAGCGGGCCCAGUCCUCCGCCAACGUACGACGAUUCGCAGUACUACAACCGGCAGAGCAUCAUUGCUGCCGAGAACAAUCAGUCCAUCUCAACAUCUGCUCCCAGCGAUUUAUCGCGAGCCGGCUAUACCGAGGACACAUCCUAUGCCGCAUUAUCUCUGAAUGACAUACCGGUCCAAUCCGCCGGCGAACUUGUAGCUCCUCAAUCAGUUCCAAUUGUUCCAGCUACUUCCGAUCUUCAGCUAGUCAGUCGUCCCAGAGCCCCCGAACCUGGUUCUAGUUCCGGGGAAAGAUCACACAUUUGGAGCGAGACCAGUCGAAAUGAACGCUCGUGGAUGGCAUUCAGUGGAGAGGAUCUACAGCAGCAGAGCUCCCAAAUUCGACCCCGUCCAAGUUCCAGUUCUGCUAGCCAGCUUCAAGCUGCAGCUGCUCCCGGAUAUUGUUUGCAGCAAUCGUUCGAUUCCGUAGAUUUGACUCAAAUCCACGAAAUCGAUGCCUACCUUCUGGCGUACGGUUGCAUCUCCCAGGAAGAUUUGAGAUCAUCAAAAAGUAACAGCAACGAAAACUGCUCAAACAGUACCAGUAGGAGUCAUCUUCCGUCAGUUUGUUCAUUCGUGAGAAAUUCUCAAGCUGGCUCCUCUGCGGGCUCUAAUCCGGGAUUGGAAAGGGCCAAUUUUCUCUUACGUAACUGUCCCCGAUGUAGAGAAUCUUUGAACGGACAUGGAUCACAGUGCCUUAAUUGUUAUCCAAGUAGAACAGCAGCUUCCCUUGCCAACAAUUGUUCCGUUUGUGGCGGAAGAAUUUCCUUUCCCGAGGGCCUUAACUUUUCAACCAGAUCAGUAGCCUCAAACGGAAGUGAGUGUCAGCAAAAUGUGCCCGGAAAGUUGUGUAAUUGUUUCCCCAAAUUCCCAUCCCAAAACAAUUUGGUUCGGGCAGGAUCUGCUAACGUUAUUAGCACCCCUAGACCGAUGUCGGUUGACCAGAUUGAGGGAGCAGCCGGCGGACGGAGAAGUGUUGCCAAUCUUAUAAGUAAUUGUGAAGCUCUCUUUAACUCCCAUAUCGGCAUCCCUGGCUCGGAACGCCGAUCUUAGUCAAUAAUCCUCAACCUGUGUUUAUGUGUGAGUAAUUAUAUUUAAAUGAUUUAAUCUAGUUUAAUUUAAGUUUAAUGGAGUUCGGAUACUGAAUAAAAACAAAUAUAAAACAAAUGCUUC